AUGGGAAGCAACCUUGGCGAUAUUUGCCCAACAGUUGUCCAGCUCUGUUCUGCCAGUGCGGUCCACGCGAAUGGGAAUGAAUUGAAAGGAAUGGAUGGGGUGGAUGUUCCCAACCAGCAGGACAUCACCGACGAUUACAACAUCCUUGAGGGUAUUUCAAGUGAAGGACAAAGCGCAAGUUGCAACGAUGACAGCCCUAUCAGCCAGAGUGACACACAACAGACAGAGGAAGGAAGUGAAGCAAAGCAAAGCAAUGCUCUCCUCGAUGAGAAAAAUGUUGUAAAAAAUGUAGAAACCCAUUUAAUACGGGAAGGAGAGAAUAAAGUGAACCAUACUGAUCUGGACACGGAGAAGGAGGGGAAAGCCAUCGGUCAUGUAGAGAAGAAUGCAAACUUGAGAAGCACGUCCAACGCGUCACAUGGCGCAGUAAACCAGGCGUGUAACUCCGUUCAGGAGAAUCCCCUCCCGUUGGACAAAAAUGGGGCGAAUAUUGAACAGGUGGCGAGGGCUCAGGAUGAGUCGGAUGAGCCCCCAAAUGAUGCUACAGGCGAUGGUAAAGAAAAACCAGAGGGAGACGACCAAAAUGAUAAACUGCCCCCCGUAGAACAGCCCACGGGGGACACCCCCACUUCAGACCACGCAGAGAAGAUAAAAAACAGGCUACUCAAGGAGGGAAGAGAACUGAAGGAAACGACGAGCAUGAUCGACAACGCAGUGUACAACGUGGAGCAGAUGAUUUUAAAAACGAAAUUCUACACCACAGCAAUCAGAAAUUUCGUGCACUUCAAAGUUCACCAUAUUUGUGAAUACUCCAAGUGUGGGCCCAACGCUCGCUGCUACAUUGUGGAAAAGGAUAAGGAGGAGUGUAGAUGUAUAGCUAACUACAUGCCUGAUAAUAGUGUGGAUUAUUUUAAGUGCAUACCUAAGACGGUAAAGGACUGCUCGAAGGACAAUGGGAAUUGUGACGUGAAUGCAGAGUGUUCCACUGAUAAAAAGGAAAAUAUAAAAUGCCAGUGUAAGCAUGGUUACAUUGGGGAUGGGAUUUUCUGUGUCAUGGGUUCUCAGGGCAAGCAGUCGCUGUGCCUUCUGCUCGUGCUGCUAAUUUGCUUUCUCCACAAGUUUCUUUUUUAG